AUGUACGGCCAUCUGCACUCUCUGUCCCCGCCGCCGACGUCAAGAGGCAAGGGGUCGCUCACCGCCCGCUCCAGCCUCAGCGACUGCGGUCCGACGCCGCAGAGCUCCAGCUUCUCCCUGCGGACCGCCGUCGACGACGCCGACGAGCCCAACGUCGCGUCGCUCGUCAAGCCAAGGCUGUCUGGCGAGAUGACAGCCCGCGCCCUGGCGCAGCAUCCGCACCAGCAGCGUUCGGCCAGCGGAGAGACCGCAGUCGAGGACCUCGUCCACCUGGGCGACCUCUCCGCCGCCGAGCUAGGGCGGGUAGACAGCCCGAGUGAGCAGGGGCGCAGCUACGACGCCUCCGCCAGUCGAUCGGACCGCUUCUCCUCUUUUGACGACGGCGACGACGGCGCCUCGUCGGGGACACCGAGCCGCCCAUCUUCGGCACGGACAGAGACUCCUACCGGCGAUGCGUCCAGCAAUGCCGGACACGCCAGGGAUCGGCUGCGAAGCGAUCGCGGAAGCCAAAGCCACAGCCAAGGCCGCAGCCCAGCGACCACGCCCGGUCCUUCGCGCCGGCCCUCGCACGAGCUGGGCAUGGCGGUCAAGCCUCCGCCCAACGGGAUGCCGAUCGUCUCGGACAACGACUGCAGCCAGCUCUCAGAGGCCUCGCCGCUGCGAGAGGCCUUUUCCGAGAUGGGCUUCGACUCGGGCGACGAUAAUGAGGCGGCCAACGGUGACGACGACGGCAACGGCCCCAGUCGGCGCAAGAGCUUCUCGGCCACGACGCCCAAGCUGGGCGGCUUUGGCGUGCGCAACGACCACGUGCCGCAUGUCGAGGGCAUGACGAGCGCCGCCACGGACCGGGCCAAGCGGUACGAGGACGACGCCGUCGCCCGACGCAACCGGCAGCGAUCCAAGAGCGACAGCCGCGGAUCGCAGGCCGACAACCGACGCUGCUCGGCCCGGCACAGCAGCAGCAACCUGGUCGGCAAGAGGCGCGAGCAGCUUCCGGAAGCCAGGGAGUGGGGCGAAAACUUCUGGUGUGUCAUUACCGACCCAAAGACCCAGGCGAGCUUCUUUGCCAACCCGCAGACGGGCGAGUGCCGCUGGGAGGUGCCAGCCGGCACCAUUGUGCUGCCGCCCAACCCGGACGGCGAGUGGUGGGAGCUGUACGACGAGGAGCGCGGGCUGCCGUACUACUACCACACGCAGACAGCCAAGUCGGCCUGGGUGCGGCCCAAGGGCUUCGUAAUCCCCCUCACGGCGAUCCAGGAGUCGACUCUCGGACGGAGGUUCUCGCGGCAAGAGUUUGGCGAGGAGCAGAUCUCGGCGCGAGCCUCGCUCGUGCUGACGAGCGAUUCCGACCUCCCCAGCGCGGCUCUCACCGGCAUGGCGUCGUCAACGUCGUUGCCGGCCUCCCACGCGUCGGCCCGUGGGGCCAAGGCGCGUGCGCAGCCACCCCCGCCGGCACACAGCCCUGGCAUCGAGCAGGUGCUUGCCGGCAAGGCUCGGCGCAGGAUCAUGGGCGCUGACCGCGCCCUCGUUGCCCAGGCCCUGGCGCAGCAGCCGCUCUUCCGAUCUGCGGAAGCGGGGAUGCAGAGGUCCUACUCGGCCGACGGCAACGAUGCGCCGGCCGCCAACGGCCGGCCGCGCAACAUGCGGGUCGCGUUCGACGGCCGGACCCAUGGCAAGAUGCGGUCGGACGCUGCGCGGGCGGGCACCGGUGGCCUCAUCGCACGGCAGAAGUCGUCGAUGUCAAUGUCGAGCGGCUCGACGGGCGAGCGGAAUACCGCACCGAGGCUGCGCUGCGAAACGUCGUCGAGGUCGAUGCGUGCCUCGGCCUCGGAGCCUCACGGGCUCAUCCCGUCCGGGGCUGGACUCGCAGGGUCCCGGUCGAUUUCGACGCUGUCCGGGUCCACGACGCGCUCGGCGGUGAGGAGGACGAUCCGGCGCGAGCGCGAUCCGGUCAAGCGGCUCAGCCCGAUCGAGUCGCUGCGGAGCAAGCGGAGCGAGCCGCCGGCCCCGGAGAUCAAGCGGCUCAGCACGGGCGAUCACCUCUGCAUGUCGUCGGCGCUGCAGACCGAGAUACGGAUGCUGGCCUUUGAGACGUACGCGCAGCGCAAGUUCACCACCCACCGCACCGGCCCGUUCCGGCGCAAAGUGACGGUCGACAAGCUGGCGAGGUGGCAAAAGGGUCCGAUCAAUGCGCCGCUGCUCCACCUGGACUUCAAGGAGCUGCAGAGGGACGCCGUCAAGAUCUUCAAGGUCGUCCAGCGGAUCAUGGGCGACCGCGACUCGUCGGUGCACGCCAAGCCGCCGGCGCCGCUCAAGCUGACCUACGGCAUCAAGCUGGUCGAGGAGAAUUCGGGAUCCUCGCCAAUGUCGCCGCGGAUGCCUACCACCACGACCAACGGCCUGCCGCUGCUGAGCCCGACGCUGCCCGAUUGCCUGUCGGCGGCGCGCAACGGCAAGCUGCCGCGGCCGUGCGACAGCAGCAGCCCUGACCCCGACGACAUGGCCACCUCGGCGUUUCCAUCGCUGUCGUUGCCGGCCUCGUCGCGUGCGCCCUCGAUCCUGGAAGAGGAGCGCUGGGUGCUCGAGAGGGGCAUGCAGAGCCUGCCGCUGCGCGACGAGAUCUAUGCGCAGCUCAUCAAGCAGCUGACGGGCAACCCGAGCGGCUCGUCGAUCUUUCGCGGCUGGCAGUUUCUCUGCGUCGUGCUCGUCACCUUCCCGCCGUCGGGCGACCUGCGCGACUACCUGCACAACUUUAUCGACGAGCACCAGAAUGACGCCGACGAGGCGAUCGCCAUCAUGGCCCAGCAUUGCGCGGGCCGCCUGUCGCUCAUCUGCCGGCGCGGCGCGCGCAAGUCGACGCCGAGCGUCGCCGAGAUCCAGAGCGCCAGCGACGCGGCCUUCAACCCGGGCGUGUUUGGGCGCACCCUCGAGACGAUCAUGGAGACGCAGCGCGAUGCGUACCCGCACAUCCAGGUGCCCAUCGUGCUCGUGUUCCUCUGCAAUGCGCUGCUGGCCGUCGAUGCGCUGCGGACCGAGGGCGUGUUCCGGGUGGCGGGCGACGCCGAGCUCGUCACUGAGCUCAAGGUGCGCAUCGAGCGCGGCCACUACCGCUUGGACGGCGUGGUGGGCAUCGGUGGCUCCGACGGCGACGUGGCGGUGCUGGCGUCGGAGCUCAAGCAGUGGCUGCGCGAGCUCGAGGAGCCGCUGAUCCCGACGUCGCUCUACGAGCGGUGCCUGCAGAUGGCCGAGCAGCCGAGCCAGUGCAUCGACCUGGUGCGCACGCUGCCGACGCCGGCGCGGCGCACGCUCCUCUACCUCGUCUCGUUCCUGCAGCUCUUCACGCAGCCGUGGGUGGUGCGGCAGACCAAGAUGCCCGCCGAGUCGCUGGCGCUUAUCUUUGCGCCGACGCUGCUGCGCAAGGAGCCCGAGCGCCUGAGCGUGCUGUUCAACAACACAAAGUACGAGCAGCACUUUGUCCUCUGCCUGCUCCGCCACUUGCCGUGCGCCGAGGUCGACAAGGACUUUGUACCUGUGCACGCUACCGCGACCGAGGCGGGCGUGCCGGGCUCGACGGCUGGCGCCCCCUCCGGGACGGUGGCAGGCGGAACAGCCGCGCAGCAGCCGCCGCAGCAGCCGCCGCCGCCGCAGCAGCAGGUCAACGCGGUUCCGAUCGGCAGCGGCGGAGCGUCGAGGCGGCAGGGCCACCGAAGGAGCCAGUCGGGGUCGACGGCGACCGAGCUGAGCCUGCACGUCAGCACCGACGAAGGGUGGAGCAGCGAAAGAAGCAUCUUUGACGCGCCCGUCCGCCUCAAGCCGCACACGUUUGGGGGCGCAGUCAGGGGCAAUGGGGCCGUUGUGCGGGCACAGCGGCGCGAAGAACGGCUCGAUGCAGGCGCCCCAAGCGGCAGAGGCCAGGCCAGGACGGACGAGGCGACGACGGCGACGACGCAGCAGCCGUCGUCAUACCAGGCGCUUCGCCACCGGCCGGGCACGCAGCUCGAGACGGUGACGGACGUGUCGCAGGAUGCGUCUUCGGACGAGUGA